AUGGUUCGUCAUAAGAAAGACAAGUUCCGCGGUGGGAAGGGCAACCCUCGUCCUCGAGCACGCCCCGACCAAGACGAUCCUGACAAUGCCGACUCGGCGCCACCACCAUUCAAAGCCGCCUGCUGGGACCUGAACCACUGCGAUCCGAAGCGAUGUUCGGGGAAGAAGCUCAUCAAACUCGGCCUCAUGCGCGACCUCCACAUGGGCCAACGACACAACGGCGUCAUCAUCACACCCAACGGGAAGCGCACCCUCUCGCCCGCCGACAGAGAACUCAUGGACCAGUAUGGCGCUGCUGUCGUGGAAUGCUCCUGGGCACGAACACAAGAAGUACAGUGGAGCAAGGUCGGAGGUAAAUGCGAGCGACUGCUGCCAUACCUCGUCGCCGCCAAUUCCGUCAACUACGGCAAGCCCUACCGGCUAAACUGUGUCGAGGCCCUGGCCGCGGCCUUCUACAUUUGCGGCCACCCCGAUUGGGCUGAAUACAUUCUGCGACCAUUCAACUACGGCGAAUCCUUCCUCAAUAUCAACUCGAAACUACUUAAGAAGUAUGCCGCUUGUGCAGACGAGGAGUCGCUCAAGCAGACAGAGAGGGAGUGGUUGGAGCGCCUGGAGCGGGAGCAUGCUGAGAGCAGGGAGAAUGUUGAUGACGACGAUUUGUGGAAGGGAGGCAAUCUCAAUCGAAGAGAAGUUGUCGACUCGGAUGACGAGGAGGAGGAGGACGACGACGAAGGUGAUGCCGAGGGCCAAGAGAGAGACGGCGGCAGCGUGGAUGGUAUAUAUCUAGGAAAGAAGCCAGCUCAGUGGCCAAAGCCUGGAGACAACGUAGCACACCAGGAGGCGGAAGGGAAGAGCAGAGACCCUUUCGAUAUCUCGGACGACGAUGAUGACGAGGCCGAGAUGGAGGAGAUCCGGCGCAAAGUGCUGGCGUCGAAACCGUUUGCCAAUCCCGAAGAUUCGGAGCGCAGAUCAAAACCACAGGCAAUACCUCCGCCUCAACCGCAAAAGUACCAAGUCGAUUCCGAUAUAGAGCCAGACUCGGAUAACGGGGAUGAAGAUGAGGACGACACGUUCGACAAUAUCAUCGACGCAACCCCCGUCACCGACAGAGUCGGGCUGGCGAAGCUAGAGAAGGAGAGGGCAAAAGUGACCACCGAACGCCGAACCUUUACGGCAGGCGCUGUGUCUGCACCCAAGAGGUGGUAA